UUUGUAACAAAUGAAAUAGCAUUCAUAGAUUUUCCAAGAUUACCAUGGAACAAACAUGUUUUGGUAGCCUAUUUUUAAGUGCUUGGUAGCUACAUGAAUAUGGAAAUCACUAGAGCCAUGCUAGAGCCUAUAUCUAGGCACCGACAUUAUCAUUUGGUACCAUCACUAUACCAUAUUAUAUUUCUGUAUGGGAAGUCCUUUAUAAAACGCUUACCUUAAACUCCACCCAUGAAGACGUCAUAACACUUCUCAGGAGUUUCAGGGCUUGCUUAACUUCAGCUGAGGGUGAAAUCACUUCGUGUGGGUGAGUGAAAAACCAAAAGCGUUCAACAUUCAGCGUUCGAGAUCCCAUUUGAAGGAGGCAACUCCAGAUACCGUGUUCAGUUUAAAGUACUAGUCCCGGGUUGAAUCGCAUUCGCACCAUGGCUGCUGUGAAGGCGCUUCAACAGUGGUGUAAAAUCCAGUGUGAGGGAUACCGGGACGUGUCGAUCACCAACAUGACCACAUCUUUCCGGGACGGUUUGGCGUUCUGCGCUCUAAUUCACAAACACAGACCGGAGUUGAUAGACUUUGACUCUUUGAGCAAGGAGAAUAUUUAUGAAAACAAUCAACGGGCUUUCGAGGUGGCAGAGAAGGAGUUGGGUAUACCUGCCCUGCUGGAUGCCGAAGACAUGGUGGCUCUAAAAGUGCCUGAUCGGCUCAGCAUUCUGACCUAUGUGUCCCAGUACUACAAUUAUUUCCAUGGACGCUCUCCCAUUGGAGGUAUGGCGGGAAUUAAAAGACCAGCUGAAGAGUCUAAUGAAGCGCCAUCUGAGAAGAAGAACCAACCUGUCACAGCUAAAGUUUUUGCCUCACCUAAACCAGCCACAGAGAAUAAGACACCUAAACCCGCAAAUGAAAAUAAGAGAGAAGUUUUGGCUGAACGUGCCAAUAAAUCAGGAUCUCUGAGCAGCAGCUGUAGCAUGUGUAACCAACAUGUUCAUCUUGUGCAGCGCCACCUAGUAGAUGGGAAACUGUACCACAGGAACUGCUUUAAAUGCAGAGAGUGUUCCACUAUUCUUCUCUCUGGCACCUACAAGGCUGGAAAAGAACCAGGCACUUUCAUCUGCAAGACACACACAAGCACAGAGAAGCCUGUAACCAUACCGACCACACACAUCACGGUGCCUCCACCAAAGACGCAGUCUACCUUUAUAACCAAGACUGACCAGAAUGCAUCAGGUGGAGGUACUGGAAAAGCUGGUUUAACACCUAACGCAUCUAAACCGGGUUGGCUGGCCAAUAAAACUGACCGUACACCCACCCGUGGGUUAGAUGUCACACCUACUCCAGCGGUUCAGCUCACGCCAGCACCAAAAACAACUCCAACACCAACACCAGCACCAGCACCAAAAACAACUCCAACACCAGCACCAGCACCAAAAACAACUACAGCACCAGCACCAAAAACAACUACAACACCAGCACCAAAAACAACUCCGACACCAGAGACGACUACUCUGAAAACCUCCUUUAACCCCAGAACACCCACGGAGCCUCUUAAAGCUGUAAGCAACAGUGCACAGAAGAACCAAGAAGCCAGAAAGAGAUUCUUUGAGUCCAGCAGCAGUCCCAGCAGUACUGUGCCUGCCAGUAAGAGCACCUCAUCAUACACCUCAUCAUACACCUCAACUACAUCUGUGAGCCCAGCAAGUCUUAAAACUCCUACAACAGAGAGUACAACGCCUAAAAUCACUGCAGGAGCCGGAGCAGGUAAAAGCAAAGUCCUGCUACAGGUGGGAGACUUGGCAAAAACACAGGAUGCAGAAAAAGAGAAGGAGAAUGAAAAAGAGAAAGCCAAGGCUGUGAUCGGAAAGAUGGUGAUGGUGGAAAAAAAUAACAACAACUCAUCUCCGAGUCCAGUUGGGCUGAAAGCAAGUGUCAGUAAUGUUUCCCCUGUGGAAUCGGGUGCUAAAGGCACCUUUAGUAGGGUGCGUCUCAAAGCACCGGAUAUCGACGUGAAACCUAUUACCCCCACUGCUACAGCACCAUUCUGGAUCAAAGAUACAACCUUACCCAGGCCUGUGAGCACGCUGUCGUCCAACAGCAAGGAAAAUGAUACAGCUCCAUCUGGCUGGAGGUCCAUGCUCAAGCCUGUGAAAUCUGCCAGUUCUAUAGAAAGCACCGGCUCACCCUCCAAGAGGCCGGAAGCAGCUUCUUCUCCACGGACAUCAAGUCUGGGAAUCACCACAACAUCCAUUCCUGCUCCAUCUACCACCAGCAUCACCAUUAGCAUCAGCUCCCCCAAAGCGCCCUCACCUAGUCCGAUGAAAAAUGGGCCUAAACCUAGUGACUCCAGCAGUGGCAGCAGUGUAUCUCCUGUUAGUCCCUCAGGGACUGAAACUCACAAAUCGCACAAGCCGGGUUAUAUUCCGAAAGAAGACAUCCAGAAAGAACUGAAGGAGAUUGAGAUGAAUAUGAACGAGUUGCAGAAAAGAGGAGUAGAGCUGGAAAAACAACUCAGACAAUGUGACGAGGAAGGACAAGAGGACACAGUAAUGAAUGACUUAAUGGUGGACUGGUUUACCCUCAUCCGAAACAAACAGGUCUACAUGAGACGUGAAUCCGAGCUUGUGUACAUUGCCAAGACGCAGGAUCUAGAAGAAGAGCAGCCCAGUGUUGAGGCCGAGCUCAGGAGACUAAUGGAUAAACCAGAUAGUCUGAAGACCUUUCGUGAUCGUAAACGAGAGGAGGAGCUGAUGGCCAAACUUGUGGAGAUAGUGAAUGACCGGAAUGCCAUAGUAGAGGGGCUGGAUGAAGACAGACUGAGGGAGGAAGAGGAGGAUGAGCAGCUGAAUAAGAUGAUGCAGGAUCUCGAUGUGAAGAAAGAAAAAGUCAAGAAAAAAUCCUCAAUAUCCCGGUGGUUUAGCAUGAAAAGUAAACGGCCGUCUGCAGAAAACUGAUCCUCAUGGAGGGUGUGGGGGUGUGUGUUUUGUUUCAGACCGAAUGUUUGUGCUGCAGUUUGAGGUCAGAUCACAAAAUCUAAAUUGCAGUUACUCAGACUUUUACAAAUGGUAUUUUUGUGAAAUCACAUCAUUAUGUAUUGUCACACUGUUUAUUUUUUUUCACAUACUUUUGCGCAUUUUUCAUCUCCUGUCUUCUGUGGGUGUGAUUUGUGCAUUUGUUAGCAAACGUUUUGCACUUGAAUCCGUUGAAUAAUGUAGAUUGUUUCUCUCAGGCAGUGUUUCAUUAGGGAAUUGGACAGUGUUGAGAGAAAGGAAGUGUUUACGUCAUAUUGAUUCAUAUUGGAUCAAAGCUGAAAUGGACAGGUUGAGGUCCGAAUUUAUUAUAUUCACACUCUAAUGCUUUUUUUUUUUUUUUUUUGGUUAAAACUAUAUUUCUUUUCGAUUUUAAUCAUUUUAAUGGUCUAUUAUCCUGACACUCUUAUACACUAUCUCAGCAGCAGGGGGCAGACAGUGACUGAUUUCAGCAGUAGGACACUUUGCCAUUUAAUUUCUCAACAGACUGUAAGAGCACUGAUUUAAUAUGGUCCUUUUUAAGAAAUUAUUUAGGAUUGUUCAUUUAAGAGUCUGUAAUGUUGCUACGGUACUAGGAUUAUGCUUUUAACCACUGUCCAGGUAGCUUUUUGUUUUGUUUUUUUGUUUGUUUUUUUGUAGUUAUUUUCUCCAUAAAUAUGAAUUGUCUGGGUCAGCGUAUGGUCUGCUUUUUUCACUGUAUUUGAUUAAAGGUACAUCUUAAAAUGUGUAACAGACUAAGUAUUUCUACCAAAACAGUUUAAUUUAAACCAAAAUGUCUCUGUUUUUACUCGGUACCCAACAUUUAUUUCCAAACCUUUAUACUGAACACAAUAAAUUUUAAUAAUCAA